GCUAGAGAUUUACUCAAAAGGCAUGUCGUCAUGGAACGAUAUUCAUUUCAAAAAACAAAUUUGGAGAGAGAGAGAGAGGCCGCUCUAAGUGCUGUGGAACAGUAUUAACUUCACUUAUAACAGAGUAUAAAUACAUACGUGUAAUACUAAAUCACUAGUUAGUUAGAUAUACAUAUAGAGAGAGAGUGUAUGUGUGUUUGUGUGUGUGUGAGAGAGAGAGGGUGUGUAUGUGUGUUGUGCAGAGGAAGGGGCAGGGAGGUGGGAGUUGGUGGUGGGGUGAUGGCUGAGUUUGGGAAUUGUAGAAACACAGCCAACAUAAAAGCCUGCCACAUCAAAUCUCACCCCAAACAUGGCAAAGCUUAGGAAUUGACCAUACUUUUCCCAUUCCGAUCUGCCCCUGCCCCUUCCUCUUCCCCUUCUCCUGCCCCCUUUAUAUUUCAAUCACCAUCUCCAUUUUACACUACAUUUCAUCAAUAUGCAUACAUUAUGCCCUAAUAAUUAGCAGAUUUUCAGUUCGAUUCCCACUGCGGGCGAAGAGAGAGAGAGAGGCUGAAGAAGAAGCAUUGUUGCAUGGAGCGGCGGAGAUGAUUAGAUCCUGGCAGCCUCUGAAACUUGUGCUUUCCACUACUAUGAGAAAAAAUCUCCCUCACUACGCUCUAUUCUCCUUCUUUUGCUGCUGUUUAUGCUUCUAUGGAAUCUACUCUGCAAAUAUCCCUACCUCUAAUUCCCCGCCCUCAGAAAUCAAGUUUCUAUUGAAUCUUCAAGCUGAUGAUAACUACUUCUUCAAGAAAAUAGAGAAAAACUAUAUUUUGGAGAUAGGCGGAGUGAGAGCGGCGAGAAGGGUACUACUAGGAGGUCCGGGGUCAUCGCCGCCGCGUUGCGCGUGGAAAUGUGGCGGAUGCAUGCCGUGCAAGCCGGUGCAUGUGCCGGUGCCGCCGGGCGCUAGGGUGACGACGGAGUACUACCCGGAGGCUUGGAGGUGUAAAUGUGGCAAUAAAUUGUACAUGCCUUAGCUAGCUAGCUACUGCCCUUCCUUAAUUUGCCAUUAAAUUAACGUCUAUCUACUUAGUUUCUACUAAAUUUAUUUGCUUAGAAGCAAGAGAAGAAUAUAGUAUUAUUGUUUAUUCAAAUCACAGUGCAAACUUCGUCUUCGUAUAUUAAUACGAUGUACUUAAUUUUCUCUAAUCAAAUGUUUGAUUUGUUUAAUUA